UUUCUCUCAGCGCCUGGGCGGCACCUGAAAGUAGGGGAGCGGCGCUUCUGGGCCUCCCUUCUCCCUCCAGUCAGGGAGCCUCUUUUUGGCGGAGAGGGCAGGUAGAUUUUUAGAAGAUGACCAUAGAGGAUCUUCCUGACCCUCCCACAGAAGGAGACUCAUUAACUACACGAUACCAGUAUUUUAUUCCUGGCUCUGAAGAUCCAGUUACCUAUUCCAUCUCUGCAGCACCAAUGCCUUCUGAAUGUGAUUUCUCCUUUUUUGAUCCUAAUGAUGCAGCAUGCCAGGAAAUUCUUUUCAACCCUGAAACAUCUGUCUCAGAGCUAUUUGCCAUUUUAAGACAGUGGGUCCCCCAAGUUCAGCAGAACAUUGAUGUCAUUGGGAAUGAGAUUAUCAAGAGAGGCUGCAACGUGAAUGAUCGAGAUGGCUUGACUGAUAUGACUCUCUUGCAUUAUACAUGCAAGUCAGGAGCUCAUGGCAUUGGAGAUGUGGAGACUGCUGCCAAAUUUGCCUCUCAGCUGAUUGAUUUGGGUGCUGAUAUCAAUUUGAGGAGCCGUUGGACAAACAUGAAUGCUUUGCACUAUGCUGCGUACUUUGAUGUUCCAGAACUCAUUACAGUCAUCUUGAAAAAUUCAAAGCCAAAAGAUGUGGAUGCCACAUGCAGUGACUUUGAUUUUGGAACAGCCUUGCAUAUCGCUGCCUUCAAUUUGUGCACGGGAGCAGUAAAGCGUUUGUUGGAACAUGGUGCCAACCCUGCCUUUCGGAAUGACAAAGGGCAGACUCCAGCAGAUGUGGUUCCUGACCCGAUAGACAUGCCACUGGAGAUGGCAGAUGCAGCAGCAAGUGCUAAAGAGAUCAAGCAGAUGCUGUUAGAUGCAGUGCCGCUGUCCUGUGAUAUUUCCAAGGCUAUGCUUCCCAAUUUUGAUAAUGUCACUGGCAAAGACAUGCUAGGAACCCUUGGUCUGAAACUGGGAGAUCAAGUUGUCAUUGCAGGACAGAAGGUUGGCACAUUACGGUUUUGUGGCACAACUGAAUUUGCCAGUGGACAAUGGGCUGGCAUAGAAUUGGAUGAACCUGAAGGGAAAAACAAUGGAAGUGUUGCGAAAGUGCAGUACUUCAAGUGUGCUCCAAAACAUGGUAUCUUUGCACCUCUCUCUAAAAUAAGUAAAGUUUCAGAACGGAAAAAGAGCACAAGAGUUUCUUCCUCACGUCCUUUGCCUUUAGUCAAGUCUAAAAAAAUUGAUAUAACACGCAUAACUUCCAAAGUGAAUUCUGGAUUAUCUGCACUGAAAAAGGAGAGUACAUCUGAUUCCACAUUUCUGGGCAAUGAAAGAGGAACGAAAAGUCCACCAGGUAAAGAAGGGGGAAAUCACACUUUUCCAUCUGCAAGAAAAAAUACAUUUGAUGAGGGAGAAAUUCAGAUUGGAGACAGAGUGCUUGUGGUAGGACAGAGAUCUGGAAUAGUUAGAUUCUAUGGGACAACCAAGUUUGCACCAGGCUUUUGGUGCGGAAUAGAAUUGGACAAACCUCAUGGCAAGAAUGAUGGUUCAGUUGCAGGGGUGCAGUAUUUCAGCUGCCCCCCAAGAUAUGGUGUUUUUGCACCACCAUCCAGAGUACAGAGGCUAACAGGAUCACUAGACUCACUCACAGAUGUUUCAUCAAGUAAAAUGAGCCACUCUUUGCCUGGUUUCCGACGAAGCUUCAGUACAACAUCUGCAUCUUCUCAAAAAGAGAUAAACAGGAGAAAUUCCUUUGUCAAGCAAAAAAAUUCUGUGCUGCGGCGCAGUUGGAGCAACACUACUACAAUGAUCACCGAGGGCCCUGUGAAGCUCCGUGAGGGUUCUCAGGUCCUUUUGACUAGCUCCAGUGAAAUGGGCACAAUUCGCUACAUUGGGCCCACUGACUUUGCCCCAGGGAUAUGGCUUGGCCUGGAACUGAGGAGCGCCAAAGGCAAGAAUGAUGGUUCUGUGGGUGACAAACGGUAUUUCACUUGCAAGCCAAGUCACGGAGUCCUUGUGCGGCCAAGCAGAGUAACCUAUCGUGGGAUUAAUGGGAUGAAACUUGUGGAUGACAUCUAUUGAAAGAAAACACUCUGGCCUGAGAUGAAGAGUGUCCAAAAUAAAGUGCACAAAGGAAUCCUGCCAUCUACCUGCAUGACACUCUGUCUUAUUCAGAGUCCUGAAACUGCACUUCACUAUCAUGUACACAAUGCUAGCCAGAUUGGAAGUGUGUUAAUGACUCUGAGGAAAGAAAUUGUAAUAGCUUCUCCUACAGAGCAAACCCUUCCAUGAGUGCCUCAUGUUUAAAAUGUAUCUUGGGGCAGAACUAUCACAUUAUUUGAAUCACUGACUCUUUUUCUAUUUGGCUCCAUUUUGACAUGCUUUGCCACUUUACAAAUGAGCUUUUCAGUCCAGGUUCUAAUGAAGCUGUAAUAUGACUUGAGAUCACAAAGGUUGUUAAACAAAGCAGUCAGAUUUGUCAACUCAUGCAAUUGUCUUUGCCUUCUGUAGGGAAAAAUAGCAAUAAGAAAGGAGGAAAGUGACAGUAUUUAGGGGAGAAGAGUUGAGGAACUGCAAGCUUAUUAUUCAGAUCCAAAGCUCUCCCAAAGCACAAAUAACUAGCUGAAAAAGGGUCUGAAGAGAAAAAUGCACUCUUUCAAUGCUAUAUAGAAAAGCAGACUGAAUAAAGAGUGAGGCUGGAGUGCAGGAAGCUAAUAAUAGAGCACAAAUAUUUUCAGGGUUGUAUUAGAAGCACUUUUAAAAUGGUAUGCAUGUAUAUAUCUACAUAUGUGUGUGGAGGUGUUUUUUUUAAAAGCAGCAUGCCAGAAGCACUUUCAAGAAAUAUUGUUGGAACAAAUACUAUGCACUUUUAUUUCUCUGUGGAGAUUUUCCCUAGUGUUUGAAAGAAAUGGCUUUUGCUAGUUGAGGCUGUAGGCCCAUGGCCCUCUAGCAUUCUCUUCCAAUAGCUUUCUGCAAGCUGUCUCUUUGCAAGGUCAGCCUAUGGUCAGGGGGGAGUUCACCUGCUAAGAUUACUUAUGCAUGUGUAUCCCCUCCUUCUCCUCCUUCAGAAUACAUGUAUACUCCUGGCAUGGGAAUGGAAGCAGGAUUGUCUCUACUGUUUGGCUUGUGGAAACAGAAGCCAUUGCCAAUCAUGGCUGCCUUAUGUGAGGAAAUGUUGCCAGAAACCUAUGUAUGGUUGCAGUUAUGCUGCAGCUGUAAGUUUUACUUCCACCUCACAGGUUUAAGGCUGAGCUGGGCCUCUAGCCUGAGCCAUGUGUCAAGCCAGCCACAGAGUAAGGUGGAGAUUAGGCCAUAUGGCAAUUGACCACUUGCCAGUGUGGGGUCAAAAUUAAAAUAGCCCUAUAUUUUGGUGCUUGCAUCCCAUUUACCAUUUAGUCUUUGAUGUUAUAUACAAUGUGCAACAAAAAUUCUUUAUUACUGUAGGCACAUCUUUAGAAGAGGUUAUUUGCAGCCUUGCUAUUUUUCUAUAAUUACUACGGUGUUGCGAGAUGCAUGACUUAAUGGUGUGUGUGUAUGUAUGUGUGUUUUAAAGAACAGCAUUUAAAGUUUCAGUUGAUAUGAAAGAUACCAUAAGUUUGAUAUAUUUUCAUUCUUACAUGUAUUCAGAUAAUUUAAAAGCCACAGAAGUGGCAAAUUGAAUUGAAAAUGAGGUGUUUUGUCAAAGUACACUUAGCAGCAGAAUAAAUUAAAAUUGCAGUAGUCUCUGUUUUAGAUUAGAUCUUAAUUUGUUAUAAAGUUGUGUAUUUGCAGAAUUGAAGAAACAUUUUUUUUCCUUCUGUACAUUAAACAUGAAAAAGCUACAGUAUUCCCUUCUACCUAAUGGAUAUUUUAAACUAAGGGUAACAGCUGUAAAUUGUGACUAUAAGUUUGCCUUUAGUUAUAAGCCACUGAAAAACUACUGACAUAUAUUUGAGGGUGCAGAUGUACCUUGAUGCACUGAAUUUUGCAUUGUCAAAUAUCUGAUACCUUGAUGUUUAAAUUUUUAUCUUGUGACAAGACUGCUAUUGUCUGACUUUAAUGAUGCUUUUAAGAAAAUUGAGCUAUCACAGGGUAUCCUUUUGAAUCACUUUUAAUGCCAACUUGAUUAUGUAUUUAGGAUAGAGAGCAAUAAUCCUUAUAUAAUAAAGCAGAUGUUUUAAAUACAUUUUUAUGUGUAUAAGAUAUUGAUGUACUCUGUAGACUUGUCAGUCUUGAGCAUAAAAAUGUUUAUGCACUCCUAAUAUGUUUGCCAGCUUGUUUCUUUCUUUCAUCCUUCUCUGUAUCUCUGAGUAAUGAGGCUUCCAGGGUAAAGCUUGUUAACAUUAAAGGAUAGAAAUCUCUUGGUAUGUUUGGAUGCAGUAGCUAAACAAAGUUGCAUUAAAAUGUAAUGAUAAACUAGGGAACUGUAGGAUCCCUGCCUGACUGGGUAUGAGCAGUGUGAGUACUUGUUGCCCAGUCACUCCCACUUACAGCCAAGAGUGGCUAAACAAACUUUAGUGCUUUGUUUUAUGGUUUCUUUAUCAUACCAUCAGAAUAUAAUAGCAGAUGACAUAUUGGCUUGCUUCUCUCCCAACAAAGGAGAGCAAAAGUUCAUGGUUUAUAUCUCUCUCAGCAAGCUAGGGAAAGAUGUGGUUUACUUCAGAGAGGGUUACAAGUCAAAGUAAGUGGCUGCUGCCAUGUUCAGGUGACACUAUAAACAAACUUCCAUCAUGAGUUUCAACACUUACUCUGCAAGUAGCAGCAGUUGGGCAGUUUGCAGUAGCUUGCUGCAGGAUCCUGGCUUAUAUCUGAAUGAAACUGAUAGAAAAAGCAGUUACCCAAACAUGGAUAUAGGUGGAUAUUGAUUUCCUCACAAUGUAUAUUAAGAAUGAUGAAAAUAGGGGCAGCCAAUUCCAUAUGGAAUCAUUGACGACCAGGAGGACACAUUCCAGUGGAGCCAAAGUAGUCACAAAGUUAGCAAUCAUACUCAUCCACCACCACUUUUAAAGAGGGUUAAAAGCAUGAAACGUUAGAGCUUACCUUUUCCAAGUUAGGUGCUUUCCAGAAGGGGCAGCAACUGUUUAUCCCCAGGGGGUUCAGCUGGAGUGAACUGGCUUGCCAUUAAGUAACAACUUUAGACAUACAAAACAAAUGUUAAGACCUGUGGUCUUCUUUUCUGCCUUCUCUGGAAAUCUUCCCUGAAGAGGAGAGAGAGAGAAGGGGGGGGGGGAACACAUCUGCUGUGUCUUUUGCAGCAGGUUCAGAGAGCAUAAAAUGAGAAGAGGCGUCUGCUCCCUGUCCACCUUUGUCUGCAUUUGCUUUCUUCCCCUCCCCAUUCCCCCAGCCUAGGCAAAUGAAAACCAGUCCAGUUACCUUUUCUUUCUACUAAAAACCCCAUGCCAAGACUCCAGACACCCUUGUUUUCUUACUUUAUUCUCUUUCUUCUUUUUCCUGCCUUGUUCAGCUUAUGGGAGAGCUGUGCAUUGUGGGUGAGAUUUUUCAUGUGUUUUAUUUCCAGAAAAAUAUGAAUGUUAUAAACUGGAACACUGCAAAUCAAGACUCACCUGUAUGCAUAUCUAGUAUUCACAUGAUAUUACUGCCUUUUGUUAUGUUUUGCUUUACUAUCUUUAUGCAUGUCCAAAAAGAUUAAAUUUUUGUCACUAUU